AUGAAUAUCUUGUGUUGGAACUGCCAGGGGAAUGGGAACCCUUGGACAGUUACGGGGCUUAAAGGGAUAGUGUCCCUCAACAUUCCCAAUUUAAUUUUUCUGAGUGAAAUACGGUUUACGGCGGAAGAGAUAAAGGGGAUUCGGCGGCAGUUGGGCUGGAAAAACUCAUUUGCUGUGGAUUGCAAGUUUGUUAAAAGGAGGAAAAAGAAGGGGGUGAGCAGAGCUGGUGGUCUUUGCUUGUUAUGGAACGAUGAUGUUAGUGUGGCUCUCCAAACUUAUUCGGAGAGUCAUAUUGAUGUUGUCAUUGGGGAACCAGGGAGUCCUAAUUGUUGGCGGUUUACGGGUUUAUAUGGUCACCCUAAGACUGAGGAGAGAUAUCAGACAUGGAACUUGUUGCGUCAAUUGAGCCUACAGGGGAAUUUACCUUGGGUGGUUUACUUGGAGGGUAUUAGAGGUGGUGAGGAGGUUAAAAUCAGAUUGGACAGAUUUACUAGUUCUUUACAGUGCAAGGAUUUGUUUCCUGCGUCAAGGGUUAAACACCUUGAUCCAUGCAAAUCUGACCAUGUUCCUAUUUUGUUGGAAGUCAGAGUCCAUAAUGCCAAGAGGAAAAAGAGAAAGAGAUGUUUCAAAUUUGAAGAAUUUUGGUUGUUGGAGGAUAAGUGCAGAGAGGUGGUUGAGAGGGGGUGGGAGAUUGCAAAGACAAGGGCUCUACUUGCUCGUUUCUUUGAUGCACCGUCAUCUCCAAAUGCAGCAGACUCUUUGUCAGUCGACAGGUUGCUCCUGGAAUCGAAGCUUAAUGAUCUUCUUAACCAAGAACACGUUUUUUGGAGACAACGUGCCAAGGUUUUUUGGUUGUCGGACGGAGAUUUGAAUACAAAAUUUUUUCAUCAAAGGGCAAACAACAUGAGGAAGAAGAAUCUCAUUACCGGUUUGUUUGAUGAUAAUGGACAAUGGUGUACUGAGGAUGAUGAUUUAGAGAGAAUUAUUCUAAACUACUUUGGAGGCUUGUCUACUUCUUCUCAACCACAAAACUUCCAGAAUAUUCUAGAAGCCAUCAAUGAUGUGGUCACGGUGGAUGAUAAUAUUGCUCUUACUAAAGAAGUUGAUCAUGAGGAGGUUUUCAUUGCUCUCAAGAAAAUGCACCCGUCUAAAACUCCGGGGCCGGACGGAUUCUCUCCUUGUUUCUAUCAGUCUUUCUGGGAGUUAGUGGGAUCAGAUGUUGUGGGAGCUAUUCGUGAAUGUCUAGUUUCAGAGGAUUGUCUGAGGAUGAUUAACAAUACUUUCGUGGCUCUGAUUACAAAGGUGAAGACUCCACUGUACAUGAGUCCGUUGAGGCCUAUUAGCCUCUGUAAAGUGAUUUACAAGAUUGGGUCUAAAGUGUUGGCCAACCGUUUAAAGCCUCUACUAGAUUCUCUGAUUUCACCAUUUCAAAGUGCAUUCGUACCAGGUAGAUUAAUUUCUGAUAAUUCUUUAAUGGCAUUUGAGAUUUCACAUUGUCUCAAAAGAAGAAGUGGUAAAAAAGGAUAUUGUGCCCUCAAGCUCGAUAUGAGCAAGGCGUAUGAUCGAGUUGAGUGGUGUUUUUUAGAGGUGGUUAUGCUUCAAAUGGGGUUUGGAGAUGUGGGUAAGAUGGAUCAUGAGUUGUGUCAGCACGGUUACAUAUUCUUUUAUUUUGAAUGGGGAACCAAGAGGUCGGAUUAUACCUUCUCGGGGCUUGAGACGACUCCUUCAUUUUUUUUCAAAGCAGAAAGUGGUGACUGUGCUACAUUGAGGAACCUUCUGCAGGACUAUGAGUACUCUUCUGGACAACAGGAGGAGAUCUCUGCAUCAUUGGGUGUUAUGAGGGUUGAAAAACAUGACAAGUAUCUUGGGUUACCGACUGAACUCAGUUACUCGAAAGAAGAGGCUUUUGGUUUUCUUAAUGAGAAGAUUCGGACUCAGACUCAAGGAUGGAGGGAGAAGACUCUUAGUGUUGCUGGAAAGGAAAUCCUUAUCAAGGCUGUGGCGCAAGCAAUUCCUUCUUAUGUGAUGAGUUGUUUUGAGCUACCAAAACAUAUAUGUAAUGAGAUGCAUAGACUGAUGGCUCGAUUUUGGUGGGGGGAAACGAUAUGGAGAGGAAGAUCCAAGCUUUGUUGCCCUAAAAAUGAAGGAGGCUUGGGUUUUCGAAACAUGUAUCAUUUUAAUCUGGCACUCUUGGCCAAACAAGGUUGGCGGUUGAUUCAAAAUCCAAACUCUAUUAUUGCUAGACUUCUUAAAGAAAAAUAUUUUCCUAAUUGCUCUUUUAUGGAGGCUGAAGUCAAGGGGGGUGACUCCUACACCUGGAGAAGCAUCAUAUCGGGGAGGGAAGUGUUGAAGAAAGGACUACAAUUUCAGGUGGGUGAUGGAAGUGGUAUUUCGGUUUGGAAGGAUCCCUGGAUAGCGUUACCACUUUCUUUCAAACCUUUUUCUCCCAUAAUGGAAGGGACGGAGGACUUUAUGGUGGCAGACCUCAUAGAUAGGGAGAAUGGAGAAUGGUUACCAUACUUGUUGGAUGAACUUUUCACAAAUGGGGAGGUUGCGAAUAUUGCUUCUAUUCCAUUAAGUCUCCGAUGCGUGGAAGACAGAUUAAUUUGGCAUUUUGACAGGAGAGGUAUUUACAAUGUUAAAAGUGGCUACUGUGUGUUUAACAAGGCACAAACUGCUUUGGAAAUGGCUACUUCUUCUAUGGCCGUGGAGCGUGGAGCAUGGCGGCAGUAUUGGCAAAUGAUAUGGGGAGCUAAUGUGCCUCCAAAGGUGAGAGUUUUUAUGUGGAGGCUACUCAAAGAGAUUUUGCCAACUAAGAGUGCUCUGGCUAAGAAGAAGAUCCAUAUCCAUGAUUUACGUUGCAUGUUCUGCAUGGGGGACGUCGAAACAGGUACCCAUCUUUUUAACCCUGCUUUACUUUGUUUUUGGUUAUAUGGGCCCUUGAAGUUGAAUGCCUUGGAGCACCCAGCCACAUGCAUUAAAGAGUGGACGUUGGAUAUGCUAGAUGAGUUGACCAAUGAUCAUAGAGACUUCUUCUUUGUGGGCUUAUGGGCAAUAUGGAGGGAAAGAAAUAAAAUGGUCUGGAAUGAUGCUGCGUUCCAGCCUAUGUUUCUAAUUGAUUGGGCUGUUCAUUUCUUGAAAGAUUACCAGAAAUAUCAUCCUAAAGCUGUGAAGAAAAAGAAGAGGCCAUUAACCAAAUGGCAAUGCCCACCUAGUGGUAGGCUGAAAAUCAAUGUGGAUGGGGCUUUUAGAGUGGAUAAUAGUCGUGGAGGCAUUGGUGUAGUGGUCAGGAACGACGCUGGUACGGGUAUUGCUGCUCUGGCUAGACCUUUUCUACAUGCUCACUCAAUCCUAAAUAUGGAAGCUGAGGCAUGUAGAGCGGGUCUUCUACUUGGUAUUCACCAAGGUUGGUCUGAAAUUGACAUUGAAAGCGACUCUGCCAUUCUGAUUGCUGCGCUCAAUAGUUCGAAGCAGGAUUUCUCUGAGUCAGUUAGAAUUCGUCAUAUUUACCGUGAAGCAAAUGGUGUUACUGAUAGACUUACACACUUUGCUAGUUUGUUUGCUAUUGAUGAUGUUUGCACGGGGUUCAGGUUUUAUGUCCCCCCGUUGCAAAAUCAUACUAUUAAUAUAAUAAAUGAAACCGGGCGUGAGGCUAAGCCUCCCAGCUAG